AUGGAGAAAGCCUUCAGUUCUUUUCUCUUAAUAGUACUCCCGCUGCUUCACAAUGUUAUGGCUAGUUCGGCCAUGACCCAAACCAACAUUACCACUGAUCAAUUGGCUCUUCUCUCUUUGAAAUCCCAAAUCGUUUUAGACCCCUCUCACUUAUUAGAUGAAAGUUGGUCUUCCGCUACAUCUGUUUGUCAUUGGGUGGGAGUCACUUGUGGUUCUCGCCACCAGCGAGUGAAGUCCUUGAAUCUUUCUAACGUGACUCUUAUAGGUAGGAUUCCUCGUGAAUUUGGAAACCUCUCAUUUCUUGUUUCUCUUGACUUGGGAAGCAACAAUUUCCAUGGAAAUUUGCCUCAAGAAAUGACAUGCUUGCGUCGGCUUGAGUUUCUUGAUUUAAGUUUAAACAACUUCAGAGGGGCGAUUCCUUCUUGGUUUGGGUUUUUACACCAGCUUCAAGUUAUUAAUAUUAGAAAUAAUAGUUUCACUGGUUCCAUCCCUUCUUCAUUUUCUAAUAUGUCCACACCUGAGACUUUGGAUCUGAAUUUCAAUUCCAUUGAGGGACAAAUACCAAAAGUGAUUGGAAGUCUUAUAAACCUUAGAGAAUUAAGGUUGCGAGGUAACAAGAUCAUAAGUUCAAUUCCUCUGUCACUGUCGAAUGCCUCAAGGUUGGAGACUUUAGAUUUAUCUUAUAAUUCACUUCAUGGAAACAUUCCAGAAGGGAUCGGCAAUCUUCACAACAUGAACUCGUUGGUCAUACAGUAUAAUCAGCUAAUGGGUUUUAUAUCAUUCAAAAUUUUCAAUAUCUCAAGAAUUGAAGUCAUUGCAUUUACUGGCAAUAGCUUAUCAGGAAGUCUUCCCAAUGGUUUAUGCAAUGGUCUCCCAAUACUCAAAGGGCUUUAUUUAUCCAUAAACAAGCUUUAUCUGUCUGAUAACAAGCUUCAUGGUAAUAUGCCUACAAGCUUAUCAAAUUGUUCACAACUUCAAAUUUUGUCUUUAUCAGAAAAUGAGUUUGAUGGACCAAUACAUAGUGAAAUUGGAAGAUUGAGUAACUUGCAGAUAUUGGCUCUUGGAACUAACCAUUUCACGGGUGAAAUACCCAAAGAGAUAAGCAAUCUCGUUGAGUUGGAGCUACUUGAUCUUGGGUUAAAUAGUUUUAGUGGUUUGCUUGAUAUGGAGUCCUUCAUCAUAUCAAGACUGAGAGUAGUUUCUCUUAUAUUCAAUAAUCUAUCUGGAAGCCUCCCACCAAACAUGUGUUCUAUCUUACCCAACAUUGAAGAGCUUUAUCUGGGAAACUUAACCAAUCUUGUUGGGACUAUUCCUCAUUCCAUCAAUUGUUCAAAACUUACUCGUCUAGAGCUUGCAGGUGAAAUACCCAAAGAGAUAAGCAAUCUCAUUGAGUUGGAGGUACUUGAUCUUGCAGAUAAUAGUUUUAGUGGUUCACUUCCAAUGGAGAUCUUCAACAUAUCCAGGUUAAGAGUGAUUUCUCUUUCAUUCAACAAUCUAUCAGGAAGCCUCCCACCAAACAUGUGUUCUGUCAUACCAAACAUUGAAGUGAUUUAUCUGACCUUUACCAAUCUUGUUGGGACUAUUCCUCAUUCCAUCUCCAAUUGUUCAAAGCUUACUCGUCUAGAGCUUGCAGGCAACAAACUCACUGGCUUGAUUCCCAACUCACUUGGAUAUUUGACUCAUCCACACUUGCUUCCAGUCUCUGUACGGAACUUUUCCAAAUCUCUUAUAAGAUUUUACGCAAGCAGUUGCAAUAUCAAAGGGAGACUGCCCAAUGAUUUUGGGAACUUAAGCAGCUUAUUAGACCUUGACCUUUCUGCAAACAAUUGGCAACUUGAGAAACCUUCAGCGCUUCAACUUGAGUAUCAACAAACUUACAGGAUUUUUUGGAGAUUAUAUAUGUAA